UAUGAUCCCAUGGUCCACUUAAACCAACUAUUUGAUUCCCCUGAAUCUCUUGGUGAAUUAAAUCAGCUUUUGGAUUAUUCAAACAAUUACAAAAUAAAUCUCGAUAAAAAAAUUUAUAAAAAACAGAUAUUAUAUAACAAGAAAAACUCCAAUUUGAGCUCCAAAAUUAACUAUGAUGAUGACAUAUCAAAUUUAAUCAGUGAAAUCAACGAAACAAGAUCUUUAGCCGAAAAGACCCAACAGACAAUCUCAAAUAUGACUUUUAAUAUUCAAAAUCUAGAUCAAGGUAAAAAAAAUUUGGUUCUCUCAAUGACUGUCCUAAAAAGAUUGCAAAUGUUAUUAACUGCUUAUGACCAAUUGAAUAACAUGUUGUCCUCCGAUGCUAAAGAUCCAAAUAGCAGUUCAAAUGACUAUAAUGAAAUGCUUAAUCUAAUAUCGGUCGUAAUUCAAUUAAAUUUACAUUUUCAAAAUUAUAAAAAUAUUAGCGAAAUAAACCUAUUGUCAAAGGAUAUAUCAAAGCUAAAAAUCAAUUUAACCGACCAGAUAUUUAGCGAUUUUGAAUCUCUUUUAGGUGGAAAAAAAAAGAAUCCACACUCACAAUCAAAUGCAUCUCAAUUAAUAAAAGCCUGUGAAAUUUUAGAUAUAAUUGGCCAAUCUUACCAUGACAAGCUACUCAACCUAUUCAUAACUUUACAAUUUAAAGAGUUCAAAUCAAUUUUUAAUAUCAGCGAUGAAGCUGGCUCAUUGGAAAAUUUAUCUCGUCGUUAUAUAUAUUUUAAAAAGAUUUUUAGAAAUUUUAAUGAUUAUUAUUAUAAAUUUUUUUCAAAGUCUUAUGGUUUAAAAUUUGAAAUAUGCAAACGGUUUUGCGAGUUUACUAAAGAUGAUUUAAAGCUACUUUUAAAUAACAUCAAACAGGAUAACCUUAAUAAUAAAAACAAUAACAAUAAUAACAGUAUCAAUAAUUCUGGUGAUGAUAAUGACUCAAGCUCAAAUUCAAUUGUCAAUAUUUUAUUGAAAACCCUCAGUGAGACAUUGGAAUUUGAAGAUUACUUGAAUAAAUCAAAUAAUAACUCAACUUUUUUCACAAAAAAAAUUUCAAUCGCUUUUGAGCCUUAUCUCUCAAUUUGGUUAGAUCAACAAAGUAGCAUCAUAUCAAAGAACUUUUUAAAAUACAUGGCAGCGCCAAAACUAUCCCCUGCUCAAAAAGAUAUUAAUGAUAACUCGUCUAUUAAACAAGAAGAUAUUAUAACUGAUGUCAUACCUUCCUCAGCUGAGUUAUUCAGAACUUAUCGACAGAUUCUCAAUCAUGCAAUUAAACUAUCAAAUGGCUUAUUUUUACUAAAUUUGACUGAUUUGUAUGUAAAGCAUUUAAACGAUUAUAAUGAAAAAAUUUUAAAACCACUUUUCCCAAAGAACGAUAGAGAUUUAAUUGUUUCUGAAGGAGUAGACUAUCUUAUUUUAAUUUUUAAUACGUCUGACUACAUAAAUAUCACCAUAGACCAAUUGGUUGAGAAAUUAAAAUCUCUAAUAACCCCUGAACUAUCACCAAAAGUUGAAGCUAAAUUUGAAAAUUCAAAAGAAAUAUAUGUCAGUUUAAUAACUGACUCAAUGAACAAGUUGUUAACUAAAAUUGAUUUAGAUUGCGAAUUAUCAUGGAAAGAAAUGACAAAUAAUAAUUGGAAAUUAAUUAGAGAUGUUUCUGAUCAAAGCCGUUAUAUCAUUGAUUUAAAAGAAAUAAUUUUAAAAAACUUGAGAAAAUUUUUAUUCAAAUUCAAUAGAGAUGUGUAUGUGAAAAAUUUUAUGGACAAAUUAGUAGAAUUUAUUAUUAAGAAAUUCUUGAGCAAAUUUAUCUCGUUAAAACCAAUAUCCAUUAUCACCGCAGAGCAAAUUUUGUUAGAUCUUUCGACAUUGAAAGAUUUUUUUAAAAAUUUACCCAAAACACUUGCCAUGACAGACUCUGAAAUUGAAAAUGAACUCAAAAAUCAGGCUCAAAGCAAUAGACUUAAAAGCUUUGAAUCAUCAGAAAAUAAAUUGGCUAUCAAAUUAUCAAAGAGUUAUUUCAAAACCAUUGAUCUUCAGUACAACAAGUUUGAAAAAAUUUUAAAAAUGAUUAUGAUUGAUAAUAAGGAUAAAGAUAACUUGAUUUCAAAUUAUUUUUUAAUUGUCGGUGAUAAAAAUUUUAAUAAUUUUCUAAAAAUAUUAACUCUAAAAGGUAUUGUCUAUUCACCA